CUCAAUGUCAAAACAUUGUCUUUGGUUCUAUGAUAGCUUUUGUAGAUGCGAUUGAGGUUACUGUGUAGUUUAUGUUUAAAUAAUACUUGUUUUUCAUCUGGAAUUUGUUAAAUCAUCAGUCAUCUAAAAUGACGAUCGGAAAGAAUAAUAAAAUGCAACAGCAUAUCAAUUAUAGAGUGAGGGUUAUUCUCCAAGAUUCACGGACGUUUAUUGGAACUUUUAAAGCAUUUGACAAACACAUGAAUCUCAUUCUGGGAGAUUGUGAAGAAUUUAGAAAAAUCAAAUCUAAAAACAGUAAAACCGCUGACAGGGAGGAGAAAAGAACGUUAGGAUUUGUAUUACUUCGUGGUGAAAAUAUAGUAUCGUUAACUAUCGAAGGUCCACCUCCACCCGAAGAAGGUUUACCUCGCGUUCCAAUUCCUGGUGCAAUCGGAGGACCGGGAGGUGGUCGAGCUGCAGGCCGUGGCGCCGGCCCAGCUGGCGCACCACCGGGUUUGCAGGGACCUGCUCGGGGUGUCGGCGGCCCUUCUCAACAGCAUAUGGCACCAGGAUCUCGUGGACAACUUUCAGCGCCUCCUCAGAUGCGUGGAGGUCCUAUGAUGGGUGGCCCUCCACCUGGCAUGAUGGGUGCCCCACCGGGUAUGGGUCGUGGGGGUCCUGGAGGCCGUGGACCACCGGGAAUGCGACGCUAUUAAUAUUAGUGCAGUGAAGUGAUGAUAAUACACUAUUUGUGUAGAAUAAUAGUUUGUAUCCAGUGGGGGUUGCAAAUGAACCUGAGUGUCAAUUUCAGUUUAUGUUACUGUCAAGGUAAUAUUGUGUGUGUAAGUAAUUUCACAUAAAAACUGUUUAGACACAGAAAUAAGUAAAUGUGUUAAUCAGAAAGAGUUACAAAUCUUGCAGUAUUGAUACAAUUUCACUUCUUAUGUCAUUGGAACUGUUAUUUAGCACAAGUAGUAAGUUUUCUAAACUGUGUGCCUCUAGAAAUCUAGAACAUAAGAUAACUAUAAAUAAGGUAAUUUAAACAAAUUGAAAAACCAUCUGUAUUUUUAAUUUUAAUGACUAUUGUUUGCCAACUUAAUGAUAUCUGUGCUCUUCUUUGAGAUACAUAAUUAACUACUUGAACCUGAUGGGUGUAUGUAGAAAAAGUAGUGGAUCAACUUGAUAUUUGUAGUUUUCCAAUAGUUCUAAACAGUCAUAAAAAAGUCAUGCUUAUUGAUACGAAGUGCAGUGCUGUUUAAGAAAUGAACUUGUUUGGAUUUUUGUUUAGGGAGACUCUAAGAUGAAGAUUCAAGUACUCUGUAAUAAUAUACUAGAUAUAAGCAA